AUGCAUCAGCAAGAAUACAAUCAGAACUACGGCCAGCAUGGAUCGCACAACCAGUAUGAUGGACAUCAUGGAGGCCACAACAGUAACCUGGCUGAGAAUAACUCAUAUGCACCUCGCAUUGUUUUGGAUGAUUAUAACAGUGACCUGAACUUUGUAGUUGAGCCCGGUGGUGUGACAGGAUCCAGUUUGCACCAGGAUGGCUUUGAAUACAUGUGGGCUGGAGCGAGGGCAACUCACGGUGUGCGGACUGGCAAGGUAAAAAGAUUGAUUUAUUUAGAAAGGUAUAUAUAUGUGCAGGAUACCCAUAAAAAUUAUUGCCGGAAACUCGGUGGACUUCUGUUAUUUUGAGAAUUCUUAAUUGUGUCUGGACAUCCUAAGGGAAUAUCCGAUCACAAAUCGAAAUAUCAAUGUGUGAAGGAUGUAGUUGGAGGUCUAGUCAGUUGGUAUAAAUUAAUUUAUUUGAGGCAAAAUUUCCCUAUAACGCCAUACCUCAAUGCGGUUAUUUUUCUAGAUCUAAAGAAAGCUUUUGUUACUGUUGAGCAAAACACUCCUCUAUGUAAGCUUGACCUUUAUGGUAUAUCUGAGAAUUCAUUAAUUGGUUUCAGUUGUAUUUGGAGAAUCGCACAUAACAAUGCUCAGUCAGUGGGUCCUUAUCUGACAGGCAUGUAUUAACCGGGGGUGUCCUUCAGGGGACUAUCCUCGGUCCACUUGUACUCUCAUUAUACAUAAAUGACUUUCCAAUUGUUUUUAAAACUGUGAACCAAGUAUUUAGGCAAAUGACAUGCAUCUCACAUAUGCAGAUAAUGAUGUAGGCAACUUUGAAUCAUGUGCAUACUUGGUUAAACACAAACAAACUUACUCUAAAUAUGACUAAAACUGAAUUUAUACUGAUAGGAUCUGGCCAAGGGCUAAAUACCCCUAGUGCUUCCUAGUCAGUCACAUUGAUUAUAAUUAAUAUAUAAAAUGGUUUGAUCCUUUUUUGAAUAGCUGAUCAAUUGCCAGUGAUUAAAUAAAGUUUAUCGAUUGAUUGAUCAUUAUGCAUAAAGUCAUUUGCUUAUAUAGAAUAAUGCUAAUAACAGUUGUUAAAUCAUGUAGUGCUACAUGGAAACCUUUCCAUAUCACUCAACAGUUAAUGCUGAGCUAAGGGUUUUCUUUCUCGCAAAGAGCAAUCAGAUUGUUAGCUGAAUGCAAGACUUGUAGAUUGUGUUAACUCUUGCCCUGAUAAAACUUGUCUAUUGACAGUCAACGCUCAACUAAGCUUCGCCUGAUUGACAGUGUGAUAUCUAUAUCCCAUAGCAUGAGCUCAUAAUAAUCAGAAUGGACUUAAUGAUACUUUGACUAUUGUCGAUUUGUUAAAUGGAACAAAAUGAUAACUAUUAAGUCAAAAUACCAAAUAAAUGUUGUUAAAGAGAUUUAAACAAAUGUAGGAGUGAUUUUUAAUAACUAAAGGGAGGAAAAAUUGUAAAGGCCAGACUGAUUUUGGUUGAAAAUGAUUCUGUCUCAGUAGAAGAAUUCCUUUUGGUUCAUCACAACCUGACAGGUGUGCCUUGUCCUGGUGGAUAAUAUGCCAUGUGGCUGAGACUUCUUGUAAUACAUAGCUUGUUCAUUGUCAAGUAAUAAGUACAGUGCUUCGCCUUGCUUUAAGUUCCAACUGUCAUCUUUUUUAUGAUUUGCAGGUAUGCUUUGAAGUUCGUGUGCUAGGAAAAUUGCCAGUAACAGUGCCAGAAACAGAAACAAAUCCACAUGUUGUGAGGGUUGGAUGGUCUGUAGAUGAAGCAAACUUGCAGGUUACUGUUAUUCUUGAUUUUUUCCUUCUAAAAGUUAUUUUUUGAAAAAAUAAUCUAAAGCCAAAAUAUGCUGAAUUUAUCCAAGAAGGAUCCAUGGACAACAAGUCUGUUUUCCAGUCUUUUCGAUUCUUUUCAAAUAAAUAUCCAAGCAAGAGAAAUGAGCACCUUGCCCCUAAUAAGCACCCUCCCUUAUGACACCUGAAUUAAAUAAGCGUCCAGGCGCAAAAUCGAAUCAUUACUAACGGUAAAUUCGUUUCUUCACCUGUACCAUAUACAACAUAUAUGAUAUACAAUAUACAACAGGGGUUAAGUGCACUUCUCUCAUGAAAGUUGACUUAUAAUAUGAUUUGGUCGACAAAAUGACUUUUAUUAUAUAUUAAAGUUCACACGGCAACCAGGUGGACAAUCAGACAUGGUUUGAUGCUACAGAUUUAAUGAAUGUAACAGACGAAGUUUCAAUUCAUAGACCCAACGUUUCGACACUCCUGUCUAGUGCCUUCAUCAGAGGUGAUCUAAACUCUGCAUCAAGAAGUCCUUUUAUAUGAUCACUAAUUAGCGGCCUUUUUCUGACGAGGUGUAAAUAGGCGUCAGGAAGCAAACCGCCAUCGUCACGAUUUAAAGGAGCGUGGGCGGAGUUAAUAUGCCAAGCCUCCAAACAAAGGCGCUGGUGGUAACGCCGAUUAGUGGUGAUAAUUUUAGAAUUAUCCCACCCAAUUGUAUGGUUAGUUAGGCAUGUGUGCUCCGAUAAAGCUGAAUUUUCCUUUUUGCAAAGGAAAACCGCUUUUUGGUGCUCUUUUAACCGUGUACUAAACUGACGUUGGUCUGUCCGAUGUAUUCGUUGUCACAGUCAUUGCAAGGAAUAGAAUAAUUGGCGUCGGUUCGUUGUUCUUUCGUGACAGGAUCCUUAGGUUUGGCAAAAAUAUGCCCUAAAGUCUGAAAAGGUUUUUGUGCAACUUUAACGUUGUGGCUAUUCAAAAUUCUCUUGAUGGGUUCCGUAAUACCCUGAAUGUAAGGAAUAACAGCAAAACCAUUCGCUGGUUCCCUUUCAUCAAGAGCGUUACUAGUUGUAACUGGUUUUUGGCAGUUACGGAGAAAGGUUUUUGGAUAGCCAUUUGCCUUUAUGACAUUGGAAACAUAUUUCCUCUCCUCAGCCUUCGAAUCGAGUGAGAUGGCAGACAGCCCUCCUAAGUAAAGUUUUGGCUACAGACGUUUUAUGGCAAAUAGGGUGGUGAGAAUCGAAAGCGAGGUAUUUGUCGAUGUGGGUAGGUUUACGGUAGACACUUGUCUCUAAAUUACCCUGAACCCUUCUGGACACAUUUAAAUCAAGAGCCCCUCUUGAUAACUUCUUCGGUUACAUUCAUUAAAUCUGUAAACCAGAGUAGUAUCAAACCAUGUCUGACUUUUAUCAUGUUGCACUGUUUAGGUCGGAGAAGACAAGUUGUCUUACGGUUAUGGUGGCACUGGCAAAGUUUCUGUAGACAACAAGUUUUUUGACUAUGGUGAGCCAUACUCUACUAAUGACACUAUUUGCUGCUGUAUCGACCUCGAUUCUAAUCCGAGAGUUGUGCUUUUCACCAAAAAUGGAAAAUACCUUGGUAUUGCUUUCCGUCUUGGUGCUGAAGCAAGUGGAAAGGCGUUUUUCCCUCAUAUCACCGUUAAGAACAUGCGCCUUACGGUCAAUUUUGGCCAGUAUGAACCAUACUUUCCACCUCUUCAGGGAUUUAGCUUCAUCUCAAGACUACCACCACAAUGUUUGCAACGUGGCUCAGCAGGUCCGGUGUCAAGGAGCGCUUGUGAAGUUAUCAUGAUGGUAGGCCUACCUGCGGCUGGCAAAACCGUCUGGGCCGAGAAAUACGCCCGUGACCAUCCAGAGAAGAAGUACUGCAUCCUUGGGACAAACUCUAUCAUGGACAGGAUGAAAGUUAUGGGUUUGACGCGCAAACGGAAUUAUCACGGACGGUGGGAUGCGCUCAUUAAACAAGCUACUGACAUCCUGAAUAAAACAUUAAAAAUUGCCGAGUUGAAGAAUCGCAAUUAUAUCCUGGAUCAGACCAAUGUGUAUUUCAAUGCUCGGAGAAGGAAGAUGAAUAACUUCCGUGAGUGCCGCAGGAUUGCGGCUGUUGUUAUCAACACCAACGAAGUUUUGAAAGAGCGAGCUUUGAAGAGAGAGGAGGAGGAAGGCAAGGUUGUCCCUGAAUCGGCGGUCAUGGAGAUGAAAGCGAACUUUGUGCUACCUGAAGUCGGUGAGACUUUUGAGGAAGUGUGGUAUAUUGAAGAAGACAAAAAUAAUUCUGAACGUCUUGUAGCCGAGUUUCAGUCUGAAGGAAAGGCUUUCAAGGAAAAUGAGAAUAAACGAAAGCCAAAUGAGGAUAAAAGUUCAUCCUCGGAUGUCAAGCGAUACCGUAACGACCAGCAAGGACCUUCUGUGCCUUUGCCAAGAGGAUCACAAGGUCAAUACCCAGCUCAUAAUGAUCGUGGAGGUUUCCAGGGAAAUUACCAUGCGAGAGAUGGCUCAAGUAAUGUGCCUGGUCGUGUUCAUCCACCGGGGAGCCAAGGAGUAUCUGGGAGACCCUAUAAUGAUUUUGGUCCUCCCCUGGGACACCCAAGACCAGGAGACCAAUGCAGAGAUUAUGGCGGUGGUCCUCGCAAGGGGUACAGUAACCAUUGGCGCCCCCAAGGAACAUACGACUCUGGGCCUCAGAAUAGGAGCAAUGGUUAUGGACUUUCUUACAGACAGCAAGGAAGCUACGGGAGUAACUAUGGUCACAAUCAGGGACCGUCAUAUGUCUAUUCUCCAUAUCAACCGCCCAGCAGUGGCGACGCUAGAUACAACCAAUCAGUGCCCGCAUAUGGUCAGCAGUAUGGGCCAAAUUACGGAAGCCAAAAUAACGCACAACUUUACCUCAGGGAUCAUGGAUAUUAUGGAGGGGGAGGGCAGGUGCCCCAGGGAGGAAGAACGGACCAUUAUAGGUAUGGUAGGGGUUAUUAG